GGGCCUGUGUUUUGGAGGGGUGGACAUGGGAGUAGGUGUUCUGCAUCGGCCAGCGAUAUGGCCUCAUUAUUUUAAAGUGAAAUUUCAGGCUGAGUUUAGCUGCUUCCCCCGACCCACAACCCCAAGGGUCGGAGGCUGCCGGAGCGGGCAGGGUUGUUGGUGAGGUCUGCAGUGGAACUUCUGCUGAGCAGAUGUGCAGCCGGGCCCUGCAGCAGCUCAUUAGCAUGGAUUUGUUUUGGAGACUGUUUCUGGUCUGCGGGCAGGAGGGUCUGUGGGCUCUGUUUUUUUCGGGCAUGAUGCUUCAGGUCCUGAUGGGGGCUGUCCUCCCUGCCAUGCUACUGGCUGCCCCACCGCCCAUCAACAUUUUUUUACUGUUCCCGGAUAAGAGUGCCUGGUGCGAAGCCUUUUUUUUCACCCAGAUUGUGGGUCACAGCGGCUGUGAGGCCAAGUCCAUCCAGAACAGGGCGUGCCUAGGACAGUGCUUCAGCUUUUUUUUCCCCAACACCUUCCCGCAGUCCACAGAGUCCCUGGUUCACUGUGACUCCUGCAUGCCAGCCCAAUCGAUGUGGGAGAUUGUGACGCUGGAGUGCCCGGGCCACGAGGAGGUGCCCAGGGUGGACAAGCUGGUGGAGAAGAUCCUGCACUGUAGCUGCCAGGCCUGCGUUUUUUUGCCUAGUCACGAGGGGCUGAGCGUCUACGUGCAGUUUUUUUACGGGCCGGGAUCCCAGCCCGGCACCCACCCUCACCCCCAUCCCCACCCCCACCCUGGCGGGCAGACCCCUGAGCUUUUUUUACCCCCAGGGGCCCCCCACACGGAGGAAGAGGGGUUUUUUUACUGAGGCCCCCCGACUCUUCCUCCCCUCUCAUCUUUUUUUGGAAUGCUGGGUCUCACUCUCUGGGGAAGAGUCAUUUUUUUGGCUGAAGCCCCUCUUUGGCACUGGAUGGACUUGUUUUUUUACUCGGACUUGGAAUGCUGCCCGGUUGCCAUGGAUUUUUUUAGGGGAGGGGUUGGAGCCAAGCCGCACAAUUUAAUUUUUUUAAGAGUGGGGGGAGGAAGCAGAGGUCUUCAGGGUUUUUUUUUUUGGGGGGGUUGGUCUCUUCCUGUCUGGCUUCUUUUUUUUUGCCUGUGGGAGGGGGAGGAAGUUGGCUGAGCUGUUUUUUUCUGGGGGAGGCCAUCCAAGAUGGCAUGAACCAGGUUUUUUUCCCUGGGGGUGCAGAUGGUACUGCUGAGGUUCCGUUUUUUUGGUGAGCAUCUCGCCAGCCUCAGGCUGGAGGGACGGGCUGGGCUAGAAAGACCACUGGCAGAAACAGGAGGCUCGUUUUUUUAGGUUUCCCCAAGACCCCUCACCCCACUUCCCGUUUUUUUUGGAGCGCCGCCCCAGUGGCACUGAAGUGACCCUCCCUCAGCGGAGGGGUUUGGGAGUCAGGCCUGGGCAGGACCCUUUUUUUUCAUGACACAGGAGCUGGGAGCCAGGCUCUCCGGGCCUGUCUCGGGCUUCCUUGGCUUGCCUGGUGGGGGAAGAGGAGGAGGGGAAGGAGGAAAGGGAAGAGUCUUCCAAGGCCAGAGGGAGGGGUAUGACCCCCCAAGACCACCCCUGAAGAUGAGUUUUUUUUUCCUCUCCCUGUUAGAAAUGUUAGCGCCCCCCAUUUUUUUCCAAGUUCUAGGCCCCCCAAAAAGCUGCCAGAGCUUUUUUUCCUCUCCCAGGGAUGCUCUUUCUAAAUAUGGAUGUUUUUUUGAGGGAGGGGUUACCUCCCUUGCCCCAAGGUGGGAUCCCUAGGUGGGAUGGGCUCACUAAACCUCGGGGAACUCCUUUUUUUGGAGGACAUGGGACUCGCGUGGACAGCCAGGGUUCACUUGGGCUCUCUCUAGCUCCCCAGUUCUGCCUGCCUCCUCCCUCCCAGCUGCACUUUAACCGAUAGGUGGGGACCUGGGGUUUUUUUAGGGCAGGCAGGCCAUGAUGAGAGCCCCUCUGUGUUUUUUUCUGCCUGCGUCUGCUCUUCAGUGCCCAGGGUGGCUUUUUUUCCACUGCCUCCUGCCUGGGGUGGCCCGGCCCUCCCGGCUGUUGCGACGCGGGCUUCUGGAGCUUGUCGCCAUUGGUUUUUUUCCCUGACGGACCCUCAGUCUUCUCAUGAAUAAAUUUUUUUUACGCCUGUG